GCUUGUUUUACGUAAAAACUUUGGUCUCUCAAAACUGAAUAAUCGCGUCAUGGUUCAUGUACAGAGAGGCCUGCGUAAAAACUACCUACAAGCUGAUUCCCUUCGUCCAUAUUCACACAGAGCAGCGCAAAGAAUUCUUGAUACCACCAGAAUCUCAGCUUUCAAUCACUCCAUACUCACGCCAUGGCUUCUCUAACAUCGAUCCGCCGCUUCACGACAACCUCUCUUGCCUUCAACAAAAAUCCUUUAAAGCAUCCCAUCAAAUCCGCUGCAGAAGCCGUGAAAAAUGCAGCACAAGCCUUCAAAGAAGACGGUUCAAUUGGAAAGCAGUUUACUACAGAGGGCGCGGUUGGCGGUACCGCCGAGAAAGUAGCAGAAACCACCGAACAUCUGGCGAAAAAGGUUGAACAGAAUCCUGAUGAGGCCAAAGAGGAGGCAAAGCGAGCUGCCGAAAAGGCAAAGCAUGAGACUAAACGCUCUGCUGAGGAUACAGCGAACAAGGCGAGGAGGACCACCGAGGAACUGCGGGAGAAAGCCAAAGAUGCUAUUGCGACAGAUCCCGGCUUCAGGAGGGUUUAGGGAGACAACAUUUUGUGAGAUUAUACUGCAUACAUUGCAAUUCCC